AAGCACACUUCGAGUUAAAGAGUCUUACAUCAAGAGUGCUAUAGCCCGAUCACUGAUUUAUUUAUAUAGUUAGUCAGUUUGUUUAUUGGAUUCGGUUAUCGGAUCGAGUGGGCUCUCUUUUGAAGAACGCGUCGGCCGGCUGUGCUGCGAGUUUUCGAUAAGUGUGGUUCGUCUGUCUGUCUGUCGGUGCGCGGGUUUUUCCAUGAAUUGACUGUGGUUUUUCUUUGUGGAGGCGCCGUGUUUACUUCGUGGUCCUGGAGUCCAUGUCGGCAGGUGGCAACUACGGGGAAGGCCCCGUGGUAUCGGACAGAGGGGACCUGCACGGCCUGCUCCCCGAGCUCAAUGGCGUCGAACUUGCUAUGAGCUUGAGCCCCAAGCAUCAUCAGACGAGUCCUCAAGUCUUGAGUCACCUACAACAGCUCCAUCACUCCACCCCUUUCAGCGUUACUGACAUCCUCAGUCCCAUAGAGGAAUCCUACAGGAAAUUGGAAUUGGCCACUAACCCGCCAUCACCUUAUAGCAAGUGUUUGGCAAAUUCAAAAUACGUUAAUGCAUUGAGAUGUAUUAGAUAUUUGCUAUUUUGAACCAUGAAUGAAUUAUUAUUUUGUUUCAGAUCAACUUCCAGUGGAAGUAGCUUGAACUCUCCUGGAAUUGGCGGUACUAGCAGCGGCUGCAGUAUGAACGGCGGUUAUCCCGUGAUGGGACAGUUCGGAGGCGGGCAGUAUUGCCCCGUUUCUGAAAAUUUAGGAUUGGCACCUCACUAUUCUUCCGGAUGGUACCAGAGUUCAGCGGCUGAUCCUCGAUUCGCAAUUUCCAGAUUGAUGGGCAGCACGGCCUCGGCCGCCAACAUGGGUCACGGCUUGAACGCGGGCAUGUCCGGGCUGGGCGCCUGCGCAGUCUCAGAUUCCAAACCGAUGCAGUUUCCGUUGGCGCAGCGCAGAAAGAGGCGGGUCCUCUUCACGCAGGCACAGGUGUAUGAAUUGGAGAGGAGAUUUAAACAGCAGAAGUAUCUCUCAGCACCGGAACGGGAACACUUAGCAUCUUUAAUACACCUGACUCCCACCCAAGUGAAAAUAUGGUUCCAAAAUCACAGGUACAAGUGCAAGAGACAGGCCAAAGAGAAGGCGAUGGCCGAACAAAACCAGCACAACCAG